AUCCAGCAAUCCCACAGUGCAUCAUUGAUGAAGACUGCGCCUGCGCGGACGGUCACGGUUGCUAAGCACCACCGGCGCCCAUAGCAACGGCUAACAAUCUGCAACUAUUCUGACGAUUGGAUAAAUAGACGGAUAGACAUAUGGGCAAAUAUAUAGUUUUUCCAUAUAUACACAUAUGCUCUGGGAAAUGGAAGUGAGAGUGAAAACUCUUGCAACACUUGUAGUGUUAAGAACAAUAAUUUAAGGCUGUCAAAUUUUGGCUGAUUUUUUUUUUAAAUGUCUUCAGGAAAAUUCCAAUUAAAUUAAGAAGUUUCAGUAAGGCUAGGUUUGCCAUUGUGAUCUAAACCUCCUUUAAAAGCCCACACAUACAUGCAUAGGCCCACAUGUUCUUAUGAUCCAGUACGUUUCUAGUAUGAGUUUAUUGAGAAACCACACUAGUACCACUGAAAGCAUCAGACAGAGACUGAAUUAGUGAGCUGGUUUUUUUUGACGAUUGUCAGCUCGGUGUCAGUCUGUCUCUAUCUCUCUGCCCCUCAGUUCAAGCAGUUCAAACUGUGUGGGUGUUUUUUAGGGAGUGAUUUCUUUUGUUUAAAAAUGAAGCGCUGCUUUGCUUUACCUGUUUGGUGGGUUCACCUGCUAGAAAGCACACCCAACUCGAGAGCACAUACAGUAUAUUGAAGGCUGCCACAGGCGCUCGUUGCUUCGUGCCGUCAAGAAGGUAUAGAUGGAGCUUUGAGAAAGCUUUUUGAAGACAGCGAUUAAGUUCUCCCAAAGGUAGCGAUGCUCCGCUGUGUCGUGUUUGCUCUGUUGCUGGGUGUCUGUGCCGGUUCUGGGAAACAGAAGACAAAGGCCAUGCCGCAGUCCUUGUCGAGAGGAUGGGGGGACGGCAUUCGUUGGGUCAAAACUUAUAAAGAGGGCCUGUCGGAGAUGGUCAAACGUAAGAAGCCCCUGAUGGUCAUCCAUCAUCAAGACAUCUGCCCGCACAGCCAAGCGCUGAAGAAGGCCUUUGCCGCCGAUAAGUCCAUCCAGAAGAUGGCAGAGAAGGACUUCGUCAUGCUCAACCUUUUGAAUGAGACGGCGGAUGGGAGAAUGGCCCCCGAUGGCCACUACACGCCCAGAAUCCUCUUUCUUGAUCAAUACAACACCGUGCGCACUGAGCUGGUGGGAAAGUUCCCGACCCACCUCUACACCUACGAGCCGGCUGACAUGGCACUCUUGACCCAAAACAUGAAGAAAGCCGUAAAAGCAAAGGCUAAGAAGGCUGAACUCUAACCAGGUUCCCACCUGCUCAGUGUUCUACGACUGACAUCUUCACAUCAAUAAAUCCAGAAUAAGUGAUUGAAAAUCAA